AAUCGGCGAAACAGUCAUCGCCUACAUCAUUUUUUUCUUCCUCUCUUAGAGUUUAAAAGGAAGGGACUGUGUUCAGGACUAAUCAUUUAGAUAGAUAUAUUCUAUUUUAUUACACUUUUCGACAAGCCUUUUAACCGAAAGCUUCAGCCAACUUAUUAUCUCCUUUACUGAAGUAUCUCGCACGAAUUGCCAUACCGCAAAAUGGCGUCUAUGAGCGACGCAGAAGCCCAAUGGCGUGAACAAUUUGCUGCCAUGAAAAGUGCACUGGCAGACUUAAAACUACCUGGAAAAUACCAAGCCGUUGAGACUGAACUAGAUGCCGACUUUGACUUGGGUGACGAUGAAUUUACCUCCGGCAACAGCGGCGACGAUAUUUGGGAUUUCAUAGACGAAAGUGAAGAGGAUCUGUACGGUAGCGAUUUCACCGAAGAAGUGGGCGACCAGCUUAGCGGGGAAAGCCACGGCACCGCAUGGUUUGAAGAACAAUGUUCUAUCGUCGCUGCUAAGAAGGACGGUCUAUCCCCUGAGGCCUUCGAGGCACAAAUUCUAGAUAUACUAUAUUCCCAACGUUCCGAAGAUGAAGUACAAUCUCUACUUACGGACCUUAUCGGGUUCGACGAUCUCGAUUUCGUCAUUGAAGUGCUGUCGCACAGGCAUGAAAUUACCUUAAGUUUUGCCACCCAAGAAUCAAACACAGCGCCCGGCCGACUUCUGACCAAAGCCGAGAGAGAUGAAGCCCUCCGCCGGAAGGACCUAGAGCAUAAAAAUGCCGCUCUGGCUCCUAGCAUGCACAAAGAAGCCCAGUAUCCACAUAUAUAUAAGGCGUAUAAUGCUGGCAAUACUUUGAGUCACACGGGAAAGUCAUAUGGUAUGCCAGUCGGUACUGAGAGGAAACAACAUGAGAAGUACGAAGAAUUCAUUGUUCCUGCUGGAAAAGCUGGUAAACCUCGUCCCGGUGAAAAGCUCGUUAAAAUUUCCGAUAUGGAUGGGCUUUGCCGGAGGACGUUUAAGGGUUAUAAGACACUUAACAGAAUGCAGAGUCUGGUCUACCCGGUGGCUUACAAGUCUAGCGAAAACAUGUUGAUCUGCGCCCCUACCGGUGCGGGUAAGACGGACGCAGCUAUGUUAACAAUACUGCAAACAAUCGGUCAAUAUGUAACGCCGAACCCCAUCGAGAAUACGGAGGCAACGGAUUUCGGUGUCGACACCCAGGACUUCAAAAUUGUCUAUGUUGCCCCGAUGAAAGCACUUGCUGCAGAAAUCACCGAAAAACUAGGCAUGCGUCUCGCAUGGCUUGGUAUCCGCUGUCGCGAGUACACUGGAGAUAUGCACCUCACGAAAUCUGAAAUUGUGCAAACACAGAUUAUCGUCACUACGCCCGAGAAGUGGGAUGUUGUCACGAGAAAGGGUACCGGUGAUACUGAACUAGUGCAAAAGGUGAGACUACUCAUUAUUGAUGAAGUCCAUAUGCUUCACGAUGAACGAGGUGCCGUCUUAGAAUCACUAGUGGCGAGAACAGAACGACAAGUGGAGAGCACGCAAUCUCUAAUCCGAAUUGUCGGACUUAGCGCUACCCUUCCAAAUUAUGUCGAUGUCGCCGACUUUCUCAAGGUAAACAGGUAUGCUGGGCUUUUCUAUUUUGACGGUUCGUUUCGCCCGGUUCCUCUUGAGCAACAUUUUAUUGGAGUGAAAGGCAAAGCUGGCUCUAAGCUAUCUAGGGAAAAUCUGGACAUAGUAGCUUUCGAAAAAGUCAGGGAUAUGCUAGAAGAAGGCCAUCAAGUUAUGGUUUUUGUUCAUUCUAGACGAGAUACACAUCUUACCGCUAAGAUGCUUUACCAAAAAGCUAUAGACCAAGAAGUUACGGAUCUUUUUGACCCUAUGGGACAUCCGUAUUACGAACAAGCAGUUAGGGAUAUGAAAUCCUCAAGAGCGCGUGAGCUUAGGGAUCUCCUACCAAAGGGGUUAGGCAUACACCACGCCGGCCUUACUCGAUCUGAUCGAAAUCUCAUGGAAAAGCUGUUUGGUGAAGGCGUUCUCAAAGUACUCUGCUGUACGGCGACGCUUGCAUGGGGUGUAAAUUUGCCGGCCGCUGCAGUUGUCAUAAAGGGAACUCAAGUUUACAGUGCCCAAGACGGCAAGUUCGUGGACCUAGGUAUUCUUGAUGUGCUUCAAAUUUUCGGUCGCGCUGGAAGACCGCAGUUCGAAGACACGGGUAUUGGCAUGAUCUGCACAACCUACGACAAGCUAUCGCAUUACUGUAUGGCAGUCACUGCGCAACAACCCAUCGAGUCUAGGUUCUCAUCGAAGCUAGUCGACAAUUUGAAUGCCGAGGUUGCUUUAGGUACUGUAACUUCCAUCCCGGAAGCAGUACAAUGGAUUGGAUAUUCGUAUCUCUUCGUUCGUAUGCAAAGGAGUCCCAUGAGUUAUGGCAUUGAAUGGGCCGAGAUCAGAGAUGACCCAACACUUGUCCAGAGGCGGCGGCAGCUUGCCAUCCAAGCGGCCCGGACCUUGCACAAGAGCCAGAUGAUUAUCUUCAACGAGACAACCGAAGUACUCAAAAGUAAAGAUAUUGGCCGCAUUGCCAGUCAAUAUUACAUCCAACAAUCGAGCAUAGAAAUCUUUAACAAACUAAUGCAGCCCCAGGCCACCGAAGCAGACAUAUUGAAAAUGAUAAGCGAGAGUGGAGAAUUUGACAACAUUCAGUCUAGAGACACCGAAGCCGAUGAACUAACUGAGCUCCGCGAAAAGGCGUGGUGUGACGUCCCUGGCGGGAUCGAUACACCACAAGCGAAAACUAAUAUCCUAUUACAGUCCUACAUCUCCCGGGAGCAACCAAAGGACUUCGCUCUGUCUAACGAUCUUAACUAUGUAGCCCAGCAGUCUGGACGAAUCUGCCGUGCCCUAUUUAUGCUUGCACUUAACCGACGAUGGGGACAUCAGUGUUUGGUCUUGCAGACACUCGCAAAAUCUAUCGAGAAGCGUAUUUGGCCCUUUCAGCACCCCUUACAUCAAUUUGAUUUACCCAAAUCGGUACUUAAUCAGAUUGAUGCGAAAGAGGCCCUGAGCAUGGAGACGUUACGCGAGAUGGAUGCAGCCGAUAUUGGUAAUGUGGUGCAAAAUAACAAUGCUGGCAAAAAAAUAGCUAGGAUCAUCGAUCAUUUUCCGACUGUGUCUGUCGAUGCCGAAAUCGCACCUUUGAACAGAGACGUGUUGAGAAUAAAGCUUUAUAUUACACCAGACUUCAGGUGGAGUGAUCAGAUACAUGGGACAUCUGAAUCUUUCUACAUCUGGGUUGAAAAUUCCGAGACAUCUGAGAUAUAUCAUCACGAGUUUUUCAUUCUGAACAGGAAGAAGCUAUAUGAUGACCACGAGCUGAAUUUUACGAUCCCUUUAUCAGAUCCUCUACCCAACCAGAUCUACGUUAGGGCUGUGUCGGACAAGUGGCUUGGAGCAGAGACGGUCGAACCGGUCUCCUUCCAACAUCUUAUUCGCCCGGAUACAGAGAGCGUGUAUACGGAUUUACUGAAUUUGCAGCCAUUGUCUAUUAGAGCCCUCAAGAAUCCAGGACUGGAAGAACUCUAUGCGAAGAGAUUUCAAUAUUUCAAUCCUAUGCAGACGCAGAUAUUCCACACACUCUAUUAUACGCCAGCCAAUGUCCUCUUAGGGUCACCUACCGGUAGUGGUAAAACUGUUGCUGCAGAGCUAGCUAUGUGGUGGGCAUUUCGAGAGCGCCCGGGCUCUAAGGUGGUUUAUAUCGCCCCAAUGAAAGCCCUGGUUCGUGAGCGAGUAAAGGACUGGGGCUCUCGGCUUGCCGGGCCCUUGGGUCUUAAACUGGUUGAGUUGACCGGUGACAAUACACCAGAUACGAGGACGAUCAAGGACGCUGAUGUCAUUAUUACAACCCCCGAGAAGUGGGAUGGUAUCUCCCGUAGCUGGCAGACCAGAGGGUACGUUCGUCAAGUAUCGCUUGUGAUUAUUGACGAAAUUCACCUGCUUGCUGGAGACCGAGGUCCGAUUCUGGAGAUUAUCGUUUCUCGUAUGAACUACAUUGCCCAGUCCACAAACAGCGCUGUCAGACUCCUUGGUAUGUCUACUGCUUGCGCAAAUGCGACUGACCUUGCAAAUUGGUUGGGUGUUAAAGAGGGAUUGUUCAAUUUUCGACACUCUGUUAGACCGGUACCAUUAGAGUCGUACAUCGAAGGGUUCCCGGAAGUGAGAGGGUUCUGUCCAUUGAUGCAAUCCAUGAAUCGGCCAACCUUCCUGGCAAUUAAGACCCAUAGCCCUGACAAACCUGUUAUUGUUUUCGUGCCAUCUCGACGGCAGACAAGAUUAACCGCGAAGGACCUGAUCAAUUACUGUGGUAUGGAGGAUAACCCGAGGCGAUUUGUGAAUAUGUCGGAAGAGGAUCUUCAGCUUAAUCUUUCUAGAGUCAAAGAUGAUGCCCUUAAAGAGGCGAUAAACUUCGGGAUUGGGCUCCAUCAUGCCGGUCUUGUAGAAUCGGACCGGCAACUAGCUGAAGAACUUUUCUUAAACAACAAGAUCCAAAUCUUGGUUGCUACGAGUACAUUGGCUUGGGGUGUCAACCUUCCUGCUCACUUGGUCGUCGUUAAGGGAACACAGUAUUACGAUGCGAAGAUAGAAGGCUAUAAGGACAUGGAUCUAACUGACGUUCUACAAAUGCUGGGUCGAGCUGGUCGCCCACAAUUUGACAAUUCGGGUGUUGCGUGCAUCUAUACUCAGGACUCGAAGAAGGAUUUCUAUAAACACUUCUUACAUACUGGGUUUCCGGUUGAAUCAUCUUUACAUACGGUUCUUGACAACCAUUUAUGUGCAGAAGUAUCGGCUGAAACAAUCGCCACCAAACAAGAUGCGCUCGACUAUUUGACCUGGACUUUCUUCUUCCGCCGAUUACAUAAGAACCCCUCGUACUACGGACUCGAGAUUUCCGCCGAAGAACACAACACUGUCGCUGCUCAGCAACUCGCUAAUGACUUCAUGAUUGACAUGGUCAAUAAGUCUUUGGAAGAACUUGCCAAUUCGAAGUGUGUUGAGAUUUACCCUAAUGGUGAUGUUGACCCGACACCUCUGGGUAAGAUCAUGAGUUACUACUAUCUGUCACACAAGACUAUCCGUCAUCUUGUCAAACAUGCAAAACCAAAAGCAAGCUUCUUAGAUGCUUUGAGCUGGAUGUCACGUGCGACAGAAUAUGACGAACUGCCGGUCCGACAUAACGAAGAUCUAAUCAAUGCAGAGUUGUCGAAUAACCUUCCAUUCGAGGGUAGUGCUUUUGGCCUACCUAUGUGGGACCCUCACGUCAAGGCAUUCCUCCUCCUUCAAGCGCAUAUGGCUCGCAUCGAUCUUCCCAUCACGGAUUAUGUUGGUGACCAAACCAGUGUCCUAGACCAAGCAAUUCGUAUCAUUCAGGCAUCAAUCGACGUUUUAACGGAACUUGGCCAUUUAUCUAGCUGUCUCGAGAUGAUUAAGCUGCUCCAAUGUGUCAAAUCAGCCCGCUGGCCCCAGGACUCUCCUCUAUCAAUACUCCCAGGGACCUACCCAGAUAAUUUGGAAGACAAUAAGAUGGCUCUACAGAAACUUAGCAGUCUGCCUCGCCCACAAGUUGAAGAUCUGGCCCGAAAACUCAAUAUCACUAACACUCAGCAAUCUCGUUUCGUACGAGCCGCCUCCACCCUCCCGCAUGUUAACAUUAGAGUCGAAGAUGUAACCGCACAAUCCCUAACAGUCUCGCUGAAGCGCCUGAACCCUGUCGUCGAGCGCGAUGCUCGCAUCUACGCCCCGCGAUACCCGAAGCCGCAGACUGAGGGAUGGUUUGCGGUAGUGUGCGACGUUGCACGCGAUGAGGUGCUCGGUGUGAAACGUGUAUCCUGGACGCAGAGUCAAAAACAGAAGCAGAAACAGGGAUCCGGUCCAAACAAUUCUAAUGGUGUCCAAGUUGGUGCUAAACCAACGGCGAAAGCUACGCUCAGGCUGCCCGAGCCAGAUAAGGAGGGCAAUGCGAGAAAGGUUGAUGUUUUGUUGCUAAGUGAUGCGUACAUAGGUAUGGAGUACAAAGUGAUGGGUGUUGAGAUACCGGCGCUGCCGAAGGUCGAUGAUGAUGUGGAUAAGUCGAAGAAAGGAGGAAAGGGACAAGAGAAGGAGAAGGGGGAGACGAGCGCGGCAUGAUGCGAUCUAGUCAUGAAUACAUGAAGCAUAUACGCAUCAAAUUAAAAACGAUCAAGAUUUGCUCUGGGUUAGUAAGCCACUCACAUAGAUCAAUAAUACAGAAUAAAUAAAUCACCAAUUACCCAAC